AUGGCACCCCACAUUUCUAGAGUCACUGCCUCCAUUGUUGUUUUGCUAGCUUCCCUUGUUCUCCUCCAAGAAUCUUACUUUUCUGUGCUCGUUGCAAGUGAGGCAAUCCCAGAAUCAGAUGUUGAUCUUCUGGAAUUUCCUCUAAAUUUAGAAUAUUUAGAGGCUGAGUUCUUCUUGUUUGGGUCUUUGGGUCAUGGAUUGGAUGUAGUUGCUCCACACUUAGCAGAGGGAGGACCCCCUCCCAUUGGUGCCAGAUUGGCCAACCUUGACAUCCUUGUUAAGGAUGUUAUCUUGCAGUUUGGUUUGCAGGAAGUUGGACAUUUGAGAGCAAUAAAGAGCACAGUGAGAGGGUUCCCUAGACCAUUGCUGGAUCUAAGCACAGCAUCAUUUGCUAAAGUAAUGGACAGUGCCUUUGGGCGACCUCUGCAUCCUCCUUUUGAUCCUUAUGCCAAUGAGAUCAACUUUCUGCUUGCAUCUUAUGUUAUUCCUUAUGUUGGCCUUACUGGUUAUGUUGGAGCGAAUCCACUUCUGCAAACUGCUACUGCCAAGAAGCUUGUUGCAGGUCUUCUGGGAGUAGAGUCUGGCCAAGAUGCAGUUAUCAGAGCAUUGCUAUAUGAACGUCGAUCCUUGAAGGUUCUGCCCUAUGGAAUAAGUGUGGCAGAGUUCACAAAUCGCAUUUCAGCCCUUAGGGAUAGGCUAGGAAACACAGGUUUGAAAGAUGAGGGUCUUGUGGUUCCUAGAGGGCAAGGUGCUGAGGGCAGAGUCUCUGGCAACAUUCUCUCUGCUGACAGAGAUUCACUGUCAUAUCCCAGAACCCCACAAGAAAUAUUGAGGAUAAUAUAUGGUACAGGUGAUGAACAUGUCCCUGGUGGCUUCCACCCUCAUGGUGCAAGUGGUCGUAUAGCCAGAUCUUACUUACACAGUACCUUAAACUAA